AUGGCGUGGCAGGACGAAAAGAAGGUGCUGCUCGCGACGAUACGACGACAGGAGCAGGAGGCUGCAGCGCUUGCCAGACGGUUCAAGCGGCUGCAGCAGACGCUGGAGCAGCAGCAGCAAGUACUGGACCGCUACGAGCGCGCGCUCGAUGGCGCUAGAGCCAGUACCGCGACCCCGCGAGCCGAAGGAGCAGUCGCGGCGCCUACGGAUGACAGAAGAGGUCUACGACCGCCACUUAGAAGCAAUGAGGUUGUCAAAUUGUGCCUUGGAGAGGGAAAGUGUACGUCGACGGCACAGCAAACCGCGUGGGACAAAUGCAACGUGUCGACGCCAACGGACGCUCCUGUGCCAACGAUAGAGACGAAACGAGAGACAACGAGCAAGAAGGCGGUGGUGGAGACGAAGCAGAACGAGGCAGUAUUCAAGUCAGUUGUCAAGAAGAGACGGAACGAUGAGGUGUGCGCGACGUGGGCAGACGAAAAGCAAACGAUGCAUCGCACGACGACGUGGGAGCACCGUCUAGAACGGGCAGCUACGGGACCUCUCAAGCGAGCAACGGUCCGGACAGAGCCGCUCGCGUCGAAAGAAUCGAUGAGCUUUCCAUACAUUGAAGUGGUGCGCAAUCGAGAAGCGCGAAAAGCACUGCCCGGUCAUGACUGCACUGAGUGCAAAAAGUACUACGACGCGCUUGCGGAGCUCGGGGCGGUCGACGUCGCGGCUCAGAAGCACAACUGUUCACGCCACCGCGCGAGGUUCGAGCCUUACCAGACACCGGAUGAUUUCUGGAGAUUGAGCUUUCCCGACUCGGAGCUGCAAUGA